CAACACUGACUGACGAUGCUACAAGUGAAGAUACAACAACAGUGACUGAUGAUGCUACCACUGAUGAUACAACUACAGUGACUGAUGAUGCUACCACUGAAGAUACAACAACAGUGACAGAUGAUGCUACCACUGAAGAUACAACAACAGUGACUGAUGAUGCUACUACUGAAGGUACAACAACAGUGACUGAUGAUGCUACUACUGAAGGAACAACAACAGUGACUGACAAUGCUACCACUGAAGAUACAACAACAGUGACUGAUGAUGCUACCACUGAAGAUACAACAACAGUGACUGAUGAUGCUACCACUGAAGAUACAACAACAGUGGCUGAUGAUGCUACCACUGAAGAUACAACAACAGUGACUGUUGAUGCUACCACUGAAGAUACAACAACAGUGACUGAUGAUGCUACGACUGAAGAUACAACAACAGUGACUGAUGAUGCUACGACUGAAGAUACAACAACAUUGACUGACGAUGAUGCUACCACUGAAGAUACAACAACACUGACUGACGAUGCUACCACUGAAGGUACAACAACAGUGACUGACGAUGCUACCACUGAAGAUACAACAACAUUGACUGAUGAUGCUACCACUGAAGAUACAACAACAGUGACUGAUGAUGCUACCACUGAAGAUACAACAACAGUGACUGAUGAUGCUACCACUGAAGAUACAACAACAGUGGCUGAUGAUGCUACCACUGAAGAUACAACAACAGUGACUGUUGAUGCUACCACUGAAGAUACAACAACAGUGACUGAUGAUGCUACG